AUGUUGCAGAGAUGUUGCGGAGGUUGGAGAUGUUGCGGAGGUUAGAGGUGUUGCGGAGGUUGGAGAUGUUGCGGAGGUUGGAGAUGUUGCGGGGGUUGGAGGUGUUGCGGAGGUUGGAGGUGUUGCGGAGGUUGGAGGUGUUGCGGAGGAUGGAGGUGUUGCGGAGGAUGGAGAUGUUGCGGAGGUCGGAGAUGUUGCGGAGGUCGGAGAUGUUGCGGAGGUCGGAGAUGUUGCGGAGGUUGGAGAUGAAGUCUACAAGAUUUGGACAGUGAUUGGAUUUGGGGCUGAAAGGACAGAUGGGAGUCCAGGAUUACACCGAGUAC